AUGAGGUCACAGUUUAAAGACGAACAUCCUUUUGAAAAGAGACAAGCAGAGGCAGCAAGAAUUGCCCAAAGGUUCAAGGAUAGAGUCCCCGUAAUUUGCGAGAAAGUUGAAAACUCAGAUAUACCAGAGAUCGAUAAGAGAAAGUAUUUAGUGCCAGUGGAUUUGACAGUUGGACAAUUUGUAUAUGUUAUACGCAAGAGAAUCAAGUUGCCUAGUGAAAAGGCCAUCUUUAUUUUUGUGAAUGAUAUCUUGCCUCCCACAGCUGCCUUGAUCAGCACAAUUUACGAGGAACACAAGGAUGAUGAUGGCUUUCUUUAUGUGUUGUACUCGGGAGAAAACACAUUUGGUGAACAAAAUGAGAAAGAAGAUGGGAAAGUAAAGAAAAUACCAAUUGAUAUAAGCGAAUUGGAUUUCAGCUGCAUCAACGAGCCUGGUGUUUGA